AUGAUUCGAGCUACUCGUGGAAUGGCCCGAGUGGUCCCUCGGGUGUGUGCCUCUGUGGCCGCCCCUCAGAUUGCCGCACCCGCGACCAAGUUUGUUGCUCUCAAACAGUCCAUUCGACCCAUCUCCACCCGAUCCACCGUGGUCCAGCUGCUCAACAACAUUGGUAGCAAGCGGGAGGUGGAGCAGUACCUCAAGUACUUCACCUCCGUCAACCAGCAGCAGUUUGCCGUCAUCAAGGUUGGCGGCGCUAUCAUUACUCAGCAGCUCCAGGAGCUGGCUUCUUGUCUGGCCUCCCUCUACCAUGUGGGUCUCUACCCCAUUGUGCUGCACGGAACCGGCCCCCAGAUCAACGAGAUUCUGGAGCAGGAGGGCGUGGAGCCUGAUUACAUUGAUGGCAUUCGAAUCACAGACCCCAAGACUAUGUCUGUGGUCCGACGAUGUUUCCUGGAGCAGAACCUCAAGCUGGUGGAGGCUCUGGAGUCCAUGGGAGUGAAGGCCCGUCCCAUCACCGGAGGCGUCUUCCAGGCCGAAUACCUCGAUAAGGAUAAGUGGCAGCUGGUUGGAAAGAUCACCCGAGUCGACAAGACCCCCAUUGAGUCUUCUAUCAAGGCCGGAGCUCUUCCCAUUCUCACUUCUCUUGCCGAGACUGCUGACGGCCAGAUUCUCAACGUCAACGCUGACGUUGCUGCCGGCGAGCUCUCCCGAGUGAUUGAGCCUCUCAAGAUUGUCUACCUCAACGAGAAGGGCGGUCUCCACAACGGUACUACCGGCGAGAAGAUCUCCAUCAUCAACCUUGACGAGGAGUACGAGGACCUUCUCAAGGAGCCCUGGGUCAAGUACGGCACCAAGCUCAAGAUCAAGGAAAUCAAGGAGCUGCUGGACUUCCUUCCCCGAUCUUCCUCCGUCGCUAUCAUUUCCGUCGAGUCUCUGCAGAAGGAGCUCUUCACCGACUCUGGAGCCGGAACCCUGAUCCGACGAGGUUAUAAGCUUGUCACCCGAGACAACCUUAACCAGUUUGCCUCGACUGAUGCCCUUCGAGCCGCUCUGUCUCGAGACAAGGAUAUUGCUUCCAACAAGGUCUCUGUUGCUUCUUACUUGCGAGAGCUUGAGACAUCUCCCUUCAAGGCCUACGGAGAUGAGCCUUUGGAGGUGCUUGCCAUUGUCCGAGAGUCCCCCCACGGAGCUUAUCUCGAUAAGCUCCUGGCCUCCAAGAACGGCUGGCUCAACUCGGUCACCGAUAAUGUGUGGACCGCCAUCAAGAAGGACCACAACAAGAUGUGGUGGACUGUCCCCGAGGAGGACGAAAACACCUCGUGGCAUUUUGACAAGGCCGACGGAUCAUUUGCCAAGAACGGCCAGGUCCUGUUCUGGUACGGAUUUGAGGCCGACGAGGUGUCCAAGCUCAUUGCCUCGUUUGUUGCUAACGCCAAGGCCGAGGCCUUCACUGGUGUGCGAUCCAUGCACACCGGCACCGGCCUUGGUAACGGUCGAAAGACAGGUGCCCCCGGUGUCGGUCGAUACUUCCGACCCACUAUCCAUUCGUCUCUGACCCCUAAGACCCGACACUUCACCACCAACCCCAACCCCCCUAUUGAGAAGGGCACCAACACCAAGCCAGCCAAGGUUGCUCUGAUUGGUGCUCGAGGAUACACCGGCAAGGCCCUCAUUGAUCUGAUCGACAACCACCCUCAUCUCGAGCUGUCUCACAUUUCUUCUCGAGAGCUCGACGGUAAGCCCCUCGAGGGUUACAAGAAGGCCCAGAUGAAGUACUGCAACCUGCAGGUUGAGGAUAUCGUUCGUCUGGAGGAGAAGGGUGCAGUUGACGUCUGGGUCAUGGCUCUGCCCAACGGAGUCUGCAAGCCUUUUGUCGACGCCAUUGAGGGAGUCCGAAACAAGUCUAUCAUGAUCGACCUGUCUGCUGAUUACCGAUUUGACACUACCGGUGAUUGGACCUACGGUCUGCCUGAGCUGGUUGAUCGACAGGCCAUUGUCAACGCCAAGAAGAUCUCUAACCCCGGAUGCUACGCUACUGGUUCCCAGCUGGCCAUCGCUCCUCUUCUACCUUACCUUGGUGGCCAGCCCACCAUCUUUGGUGUUUCUGGCUACUCUGGAGCCGGCACCAAGCCUUCUCCUCGAAACGACAUUGACAACCUGCGAGAUAACCUGAUCCCCUACUCUCUGACUGACCACAUUCAUGAACGAGAGGUGUCUUCGCAGCUCGGCACUCCCGUUGCCUUUGUCCCCCACGUUGCCUCAUGGUUCCAAGGCAUCUCCCUCACUGUUUCCAUCCCCCUGGCUAAGCCUCUGACCUCUCGAGAUAUUCGAAACAUUUACCAGGAUCGAUACGCCGGCGAGAAGCUGGUUCAGGUGACCGGUGAGGCCCCCGAGGUGCGACACAUUUCUGAGAAGCACCACGUCUCUAUCGGAGGCUUUGGCGUUUCUUCUAAGGAGGACCGAGUGGUUGUUGUCGGCAACAUUGACAACCUGCUCAAGGGAGCCGCCACCCAGUGUCUGCAGAACAUUAACCUGGCCAUGGGUUACGGCGAGUAUGAUGGUAUUCCUUUGUAG